AUGCACGGUGUUGGUUCAGUGAUGGCUUUCGCUGCGAGAAGAGUUUUGGACGCAAAUGUCAGGCCAGUAGAAGACCGUGUGGACCAUACAUCAACGAGCAUGGAGUUCCCGCAACAGCAGAAACCGGCGGGGGAUGGAAAGAUCAUCUAUCCACCCGGAGUCAAAGAGAUUACUGACAAAAUCAGCAACGAUGAGGUGGUCAAACGAUUAAAGAUGGUGGUGAAGACCUACAUGGACAUGGAUCAAGACUCUGAAGAGGAGAAGCAGCAGUAUCUCGGCCUGGCACUCCACCUCGCCUCAGAGUUCUUCCUUAGGAACCCCAAUAAAGAUGUGCGGCUGCUGGUCGCCUGCUGUCUGGCUGACAUCUUCAGGAUCUACGCCCCCGAGGCCCCGUACACCUCCCACGACAAACUCAAGGACAUCUUCCUGUUCAUCACCAGACAGUUAAAAGGACUAGAAGACACAAAGAGUCCCCAGUUCAACCGAUACUUUUAUCUUCUGGAGAACUUGGCCUGGGUGAAAUCGUACAAUAUCUGCUUCGAACUGGAGGACUGCAACGAAAUCUUCAUCCAACUCUUCAAAACGCUCUUCUCUGUCAUCAACAACAGCCAUAACCAGAAGGUGCAGAUGCACAUGAUGGACCUGAUGAGUUCUAUCAUCAUGGAGGGAGACGGAGUCACGCAGGAGCUGCUGGACACAAUCCUAAUCAACCUCAUCCCUGCACACAAAAAUCUGAACAAGCAAGCGUACGAUCUUGCAAAGACUCUGCUGAAGAGGACGGUCCAGACCAUCGAGACGUGCAUCGCCAACUUCUUCAAUCAGGUUUUAGUAAUGGGAAAGUCCUCCGUCAGUGACCUCUCCGAGCACGUCUUUGACCUCAUCCAGGAGCUGUUUUCCAUCGACCCCCUGCUGCUUACCUCUGUCAUGCCGCAGCUGGAGUUCAAACUCAAGAGCAACGAUGGCGAGGAGCGACUGGCCGUUGUGCGGUUGCUGGCAAAGUUAUUCGGGGCCAAAGACUCGGAGCUGGCCUCGCAGAACCGACCGCUGUGGCAGUGCUUUUUAGGACGGUUCAACGAUAUCCACGUCCCAGUCAGGCUGGAGUGCGUGAAGUUUGCCAGCCACUGCCUCAUGAACCACCCAGACUUGGCGAGAGACCUGACAGAAUAUCUGAAGGUGCGCUCCCACGACCCAGAGGAAGCCAUCCGCCACGACGUCAUCGUCACCAUUAUCAACGCCGGCAAGAAAGACCUCAACCUGGUCAAUGACCAGCUGUUGGGCUUCGUGCGGGAGAGGACCCUCGACAAGAGGUGGCGUGUGCGUAAGGAGGCCAUGAUGGGCCUGGCUCAGCUCUAUAAGAAAUACUGCCUGCACCACGAGGCCGGAAAGGAGUCGGCCCUGAAGAUCAGCUGGAUCAAAGACAAACUGCUGCACAUCUACUACCAGAACAGCAUCGACGACAAGUUGUUAGUGGAGAAGAUUUUCGGUCAGUUCAUGGUGCCUCAAAAUCUUGAUACAGAAGAGAAGAUGAAAUGUUUGUACUACCUUUACGCCUGCCUGGACACCAACGCCGUCAAGGCUCUGAAUGAGAUGUGGAAGUGUCAGAACAUGCUCAGGGGACUUGUCAAAGAGCUGCUUGAUCUUCACAAGCUGCCAGUGUCUGAGGCCAAUAACACAGCGAUGUUUGGGAAGCUCAUGAGUAUCGCAAAGAACUUACCAGAUGCUGGAAAAGCCCAAGACUUCAUGAAAAAAUUCAAUCAAGUUCUGGGCGAGGACGAGAAGCUCAGAGUCCAGCUGGAGAUGCUCAUCAGUCCGACCUGCUCCUGCAAGCAGGCCGAGAUCUGCGUGAGGGAGAUCACUCGGAAGCUGACAUUCCCAAAACAGCCCACCAACCCCUUCCUGGAGAUGGUGAAGUUCCUGCUGGAGCGGAUCGCCCCCGUUCACAUCGACUCUGAGGCUAUAAGCGCAUUGGUAAAACUGCUGAACAAAUCUAUCGAAGGCACGGCCGAUGACGACGAGGAGGGCGUGACCCCCGACACGGCAAUCCGCUCCGGACUGGAGCUCCUUAAGGUCCUUUCGUUCACACAUCCCACCGCGUUCCACUCAGCCGAGACGUACGAGUCUCUGCUGCAGUGUCUGAAGAUGGAGGACGACAAAGUGGCGGAGGCAGCCAUCCAGAUUUUCAGGAACACCGGGCAGAAGAUCGAGACGGAGUUACAGCAGAUAAGAUCGACGUUGAUUCCCAUCCUGCAUCAGAAAGCCAAGCGGGGCACUCCUCAUCAGGCCAAGCAGGCUGUCCACUGCAUUCACGCCAUCUUUAACAACAAAGAAGUGCAGCUGGCUCAGAUCUUUGAGCCUCUGUCGCGUAGUCUCAAUGCAGACGUCCCCGAGCAGCUCAUCACUCCGCUCGUGUCCCUGGGACAUAUAUCCAUGCUCGCUCCAGAUCAGUUUGCCUCUCCAAUGAAAUCCAUAGUGGCUAACUUCAUUGUUAAGGACUUGCUCAUGAAUGACAGGUCGGUGGGGAACAAAAACGGGAAGCUGUGGACCACUGAUGAGGAAGUCUCUCCAGAGGUGCUAGCAAAGGUUCAGGCCAUCAAGCUACUGGUUCGUUGGUUACUAGGUAUGAAGAACAACCAGUCCAAGUCGGCAAACUCCACGCUCCGCCUGCUGUCAGCCAUGCUGGUCAGCGAGGGUGACCUCACAGAGCAGAAGAAGAUCAGGUACUCGGAACAGGCCGCUUUGGCCGUUACUAAAUCCGACAUGUCCCGCCUGAGGCUAGCUGCAGGUGGAGCCAUUAUGAAGUUAGCUCAGGAGCCCUGUUACCAUGACAUCAUCACACCCGAGCAGUUUCAGCUCUGCGGCCUCGUGAUCAAUGACGAGUGCUACCAGGUCCGGCAGAUAUUCGCCCAGAAGCUGCACAUGGCCCUCGUCAAACUGAUGCUGCCCCUGGAGUACCUGGCUGUUUUCGCUUUGUGUGCCAAGGACCCGGUGAAGGAGCGCCGCGCCCACGCCCGACAGUGCCUCCUCAAAAACAUCUCCGUCCGCAGGGAGUACAUCAAACAGAAUCCCCUCGCUCAGGAAAAACUUGUCUCUCUCCUUCCUGAGUACGUCGUACCAUACAUGAUCCACCUGCUAGCCCACGAUCCAGACUUCACAAAGCCCCAUGAAUAUGAACAACUCAAAGACAUCAAAGAGUGCCUGUGGUUCAUGUUAGAGGUGCUGAUGACCAAGAAUGAGAACAACAGUCACGCCUUUCUAAGAAAGAUGGUUGAGAACAUUAAACAAACCAAGGAUGCUCAGUGUCCCGAAGACGCGAAGGCCAACGAGAAACUGUACAUUGUCUGCGACGUUGCCCUCUUUGUGAUCGCCAACAAAAGCACCGCAUGUCACCUGGACAGCCCGAAAGAGCCGGACUUCAAAAAUGAUAAAGAGUACCUGAUGCCCGAGAUGAGACAAAUGCUCCUCACUGGAAAGCCGAAACCUGCUCCAGUGCUGGCAGCUGUCAACAAACCCCUGACGGUACCGGGGCGGAGGGUCUUCCCCAAGACCACCGCGGCCUCAGACGCGUCCAGCAACACCAGCACCAACUCGUCUCCGCUGAGCUCCACAAUCAACAAGAACAGCUCAACCACCGAGUCCUCGGAGAGCCGAGCCCAGGAAAACAACGAGAACCCGGUCAUCAAGAACGACGAGGGCAAGAAGGACGAGCCCGGUCAGAAAGCGGCUCCCGAAACCAGGACAGAAGCGUCGCCGGCGAAGCGGCGCGGGCGCCCCCCCAAAGCGGCCGCCGUGGCCCCGCCGUCGGCCGAGAAAGAGGGCGCUGUGGCCGCCGCAGGGGGCGGGGCCGGCAGGGGCAGGAAGAGGGCGGCCGACUCCAACCAGUCCACAGAGUCCAUCAACGCCAAGAUGUCAAAGCAGCAGAACGACGAAGGGACAAAGAGACAGAUCGACCUGCAGAGGUAAAGAGAGAGACCACUGAAGGUGAAAUGGAGACUGUAGAGAAUGGGCCACACUCUUCCUCAUACCUCUCCCUACCCCCGACGUACAGGCUCCUCCGACUAUUAGAGCUUUCCCGGAGAAAUCAUGGACCUUUCUUAAAAAAAAAACCUUAAAAAAACACACAAAACAAACACUGAAUAUACAAACGCACGCACGCACGCACGCACACACCGACUUCCUAUAGGGUUUAAGACACCUUGUAGUCAUGGAUUUGAAGCUCGCUGUAUGUAGGUCUUACAAAGAAACAUGAUAUUUUUUUCCUUUGUGUUUGUUGCUCUUUGCUUCUUUUGUGGAGCCAUUUUUAAGAAAAACAAGAAAAAAACUACAGGAUGGACAUUUUACAAACGUUUUAAUCUGGUUAUGAUUGUUGCUUAUUAAAUUCCCUGGGAUAUAUCCCACCCUGUUGACUCCCGACCUCUUCCUCUUUGUGUCCGUUGCACUGUGUUGUGGGUGUGGCGCUCCACGGUUUUACAGGUAUGAGUUUGUAUCUGCCCACUUUUUCAAAAAUUUCAAGACAGUUGAUUAUUUUCAGCGAAUCUUUAAAACAAAAAAAACAGUUUUCUAAACUUUGUUACGUUAAGGUGCUUGGCUGUAGCAUCACAAUGCCAACCUGAGCACGAGGCCUUUAGAUUCAUUUCCAGCGUGCUGACUGGACAAACUUCGGUCCAUCGUUUCUCUAAAAUGAACUGGCUUUUCUUUUUUUUCUCUUUUUUUUUCAUUUAAACAGCAUUAAUACUCCACUUUGUAACGCAUAAAUGAUCUAUUACUUUACAUGUGUUUUUGUCAUCUUUUUCAGUUACAUUUAUUUUUAUUUUUAAGGAUCUUGUCACUUUUCUGUCGGGUAAGUGCUGCCUUUUAGCGUCGAGCGAGAGGAAAACCUUACGGGUUGUUAACAGUUUUUUUUUUUUUUUUAAGUUAAAAUUUUGCUUUUUUUUAUUUUUAAAGAAACCCCCCCCCCUGCCAAAAAAAAAAAAGAAUAAAUGCUUUUUAGAUGUGGGUUUUGUCUUGACGGUUGUGUUUUGAGGUGCAGCUUUCAGAAAUGCAGGCAAACUUGUUUGUUUUUUCUCCACUUUUUUUCUUUUUUAAUCAAAAGGAACAUGACACUGUCACAAUAAAUAACCAUGCUGUUUGUACUGCUGAUGCUUUCUUCCGCGCAAAAGGAAAUAAGUCUCGGUCCAGAUGGAGAAACUGAGACGCGACAUCCCCCCCUCCCUUUUGUUUUUAUGCUUUGUCAUCGUGCAAUAUUGUACAUAGAACGCCAGGAAGACGGGGUAGAUCCAGCCAGCAAAGGUUCCCCCUCUGUGGUAACAACAGCUCUUUCAUAAGGAACCGAAAGCUAUUUACAAGGAGAUCGUGUGUACAUUCUCUCUGCUUCUCCUCUUUCUUUUGUUUUUGGCUCUGCACGCCCGCCCCGCCGUCACCAGAGGGGAGCAUGAACUAACGUCGGGACCGCGGAGCUCCGCUGUGCCCAGAAGGGCCGAGUGGGAGGUCAGGAGAAAGGAAAAUAAAUCUGUAAUCGCAGACGACCCCCUCGGUCCAAUGCAUGUGCACCUUUUUUUUUUUUUUCCAUCUUUGCCUCUGUAAACUCGAGCAUCAUUUUAAUUUAUGUUCUCGUAUCCUUGAAAAACACUGCAAUCCUCAAACACAACAGAGGCAUUCCAGGCCUCUUAACACUCCAAACAUGAGUUAUCUUCUUUUUUUUGGCUCUGUCGUAAAGCACAUUCAGGUGUGUUGGACAUCACCUUUAUCUAUAUCUUUAUGGCCAACAUUCUGACUCGGUGACCCAUUUUGCGCCGUUCC